AUGGCAGAGAGCAGGAAUCUUGCCUCAAAAGAAGCAAAAAACCUUUUGAAUCUCUUAGAGCUUAAUGAAAUGGACGAUGAUGAUAUUGUAGAUAUAAGUGCAGGUAGGCAUUUCUUGUUGUCAAUUUGCCUGGCAUUACACAGGGGUACGGUUAUUGCAGUAUGAUAUGCUUAUCUGAGUCUAAUUUUACUGUAUUUUUUUACAGAGGACCAGGCAUUUGUAGCCACAUGUUUACUCCUGUUCUUGUUGGAACGAAAGCCAAAAACAGAAUCAUUCCUUUACCAGGUACAGUUUCCAAUUACUUCACUAUAUGUGGGAGAAAGAACAGAAUGUAUGAUAAUUGAAUACAUAGAUCUUAGGUGUGGUGCAAUGUUCCAGAAGUGCAAUGAUGUAUAAGCAUAGUGAUUUUUGUAGCCACUAAGUGUUUGAAUUGAAGGUGGCUCCCUACGGAUUUUUGCAACUGAAAGCAAAUAGUAUCCAAGUUAUAAGAAAUUACCACUUGAAGAGUCAAACAUUUUAAUCAAAACUGACGUCACUUUGUUGAUAUGGCAAUCAUGACCUUUCAAUGCAUUCAUUAUUUUCUUCAAACUAAAUUCUGUGACCUGCAUUUUUUUAAACAUUUUUCAUUAGUGAAAAUAAUUAUACAGCCAACUUUUAACAAAAAUUGUUAGGAAUAGGUGUAUAUUUUUUUAAACUUUUAUUUAAAAUUUCUGCACCAGCCAUUUUUUAAAAUUUUGCUUAGUUAUUUUACUUAUUUUCACUAAUCAGGUCACUCUUCUGGUAGCAGAUACUAUUUAGUUUUCAAAAAGUAACCAAUUCCAUAUGUACAGUACCAUGUUUAAUUAACACAUUGCUGUCUUGCAUGUAUUUUUAGUUUGGAGAUGCAAGAGAGAUUGCAUUGGCCACAAGGCCAGGAAUGGCACCAUUCUUGGUAAUUGGUGGUACCUGCCAAAACUCCCAACCUCAUGAGACAUCUGUGGUGGCAGAAAAUCAUGUUGUAUUCAAGCAUUUGGGAUUGCUUGAUGCAGUAGAAUCAAUGAUGCUACUAUAUUAUGUAUGUACUUUGGAAUAUCCAAAAGAGUGUUUUAACACCUUCCUGUUUCUCCAAAGACAAGUCCUGAAAGUGUAUGACACACAAAAAAUACCAACCAAGGUAUUGGUCCUGAUGUCAGACAUUGAUAAAAUGUGA